AUUUGCUUUGAUUGGAUGUUUCAUCCACUACGACGAACAGUAAAAAGUUUUUCUCUUGUGUGAAUUUGCAGAAUUUCUGGGGGAGGUGCGAACAGACGUUUGAGAUUAUCUCGAUAUUCCUUCAAUUUUACUUGAAGCAUUUUUGUACAAGAAAAUUACUUCAAACACACACACAGCAACAAAAUAACCAACUAUAGUUCCACGCUUCGUUUCUACUAAAAAAAACUACCAAAACAAAAUAAGAAAAAUUAAAUUAAAUUAAAUUACGAAAUCAGUAGACGAUUUGAUACAUUUAAUUUAAAGUGUAACCUUAAUAUAAAUACAAUUCAUAGAAGCAAUGGCACACAUUGGACGUACAGUGAAAAAUGUUGAGGCGCCACGCCCGCUAAAAUCACAAUCACGCUCUUCACUGAAAAACAAUUAUAUGCUCAUCGAGGAGCUAAUACAGCUGAUUGAGAAUGUCGCGUUGACUCUACAAUCGGGCAUCAAUAAUACGGAACCAAUGGCGGCGCUAGUGCAAAAUCUACGCAUACACGGUCCACAAUUAGAGACCGUCUCGAAAGAUACACUAGAUCGUGCAUUUGUCGUUUUCCGCAAUGCUUCGCAGGACGAACGCUUAAAUAUUAUGACGAGACUGAAUCUGCUCGAAUUGAUAGAGUUACGCGCCAAAGGCUGGGAGGACAACGGCUUCAAUUCGUAUUAUAAAACCAAACAAGUAACCAACAUCGAUCUACCCGAUGGACAUAUUGAUCCAACACAAAGCGGGUACCUUAGCACCUCCCCCACAUUCGGUGGGGCUGGCGCCGCAGCGGCCGCAGCUAUAGCCGCUGUUGGUUCGGCGCAGCAGACGCAACUCCUAUUGGCACCAGGCGAGGUCAUACGAAAUUCAGGCAAGUUCCUGAAACCAACCAAAAUACCGGGCAAAACCUAUUGCAAAGAUGAAGUGGUCAUACGUAAUGCGGAUUCGGGAAAAGUAAUGGGCAUUAAAGGUCGACGUGUCCAUAUGAUUGAGGAGUUAAGUGAAACGAUAAUUUCCUUCCAAAGAGUAAAUCCCGGCGCUAAGGAACGUUUGGUGCAAAUUACCGGUCCGACUGAGGAGAAAAUAAACUAUGCCAAACAACUGAUCGAAGACACUAUUCGUCGCAAUGCAUCACCUGUACGUCUCGAUCCCGCCAUGGGUAGCGGUCAUGCGGGUGGCGGUGGCUCCUGCUCUUCAUUAGCGUCUUCCAAUUCCGAUGAGGCCGUUACGCCACGUACCCCAGGUGUUGGCGGUGCUGGCAACAGCAGUCUGGCCAAUCGUCUAAGCUUCAAUUCGGCGCAAAAUUUCAUGACUGCGACUGCGGCAGCAGCUGCUGCACAACAGCAACAGGUCAUGAAUAUGAUGGGCGCCGUCGUUGGUAGCACUUCCACACCUACGGCUGCUGCCGCAGCUGCAGCUGCUGGUAAAGUGUUGCGCCCUAAUCAGCAAAUGUUAUUGCAUUCAUUUUCCACCAAUGAUGCUUCUUUAGGUGAAUACAAAUACACGGUGAACGUGGGACAGCAUCUCAUCAAAAUCACCGGCGAUUGUUGUGAUCUCGUACGGGUUGCAAAAUUAGUGCUGGACGAUUACUUUAGCAGCGCUGAAUUCUUGGCUUCAGUCGAGGCUGGCGCAGCUUUUGAUGGCAGCAUUGUGAGUCCAAUAACAACACCGUCAACGCCCAUGAGUGCACCACAAUUCAUGAUGGGCACACCAUUGCAUGCCGCUGCACCACCGCUGGCGGAUAGUGGUAUCGGUUUGAAUUACAUGGCCGUACAGGGUGUCAACAGCAGUCUACACGAUGGUGAUGAUGAAGUAUUUGCAGAUACAAAUGCUGCCGGCCAAAGCAAUGGUCUAUCACGUUCACGCAGAAGUCACUUCUCACGAAAAGACUCCACACCAGAAGCGGCAGCUAGCUCUACAGCUGCACGUGGAAAAAAUGAAAACGCCACCGCUGGCACUGCCAGCAGCGAUUCAUCACGAAUUGUUCACGAAUACGAGCAUUUGUUGUACUAUUCGAAGAGCCCACAUUCCUGGGCCUUGCCAUUGGAGUGGCAAAAAAUCUGCGAAAAGUUUCCAGCCAUCGUACGCAAUAAGGUAACCCAAGUCACUGCCACUACAGGCACCGUUACUAAUACAGCACCGAUAUUCCGUGUUGCUUCCAUAACUACUACUAAUAGUAAUAUUUCUACUCCCACUACUAUUACUACUACUACUACUACUGCUACCACUGCAAUUGCAAUUACGCCCAGUACUACUAUGCCAAAUAUUGCUAGAAAUAAUAAUAUUAAUAGUUCGUAUGCUAAUGCCACAGUAGUCGGCUCUGUUGGUGUCGGUGUUGUUUGUGCUAAUGUAACUAGUAGUUUAAGUAUGAACACAAAGAAUAAUACAACAAUGCCAGCGCAGCUGGCACAACAGCCUGCAGUUGUUACACAACAACAACAACAACCACAACAGGCUAUGCACAUGCACCCUAGUUGUCCACUUAUACAUAACCGUCAGCAGUUUGAACUGCACACACCGUUACAUAUCAAACGUAAAGGGUUUUUUAAUCGUCAAAUAGUUAGUAUUGACGAGGAGGGCUACGAUGCGCUCCAACAACAGCAACAACAGCAUUUGCAACAACAAUACCACACAGAACGUCAUUAUAACAAUACGAAUAAUUUAUAUCAACGUGCGUAUAAUCAUCAUCGCACCGAUACAAAUGCCAAUAACAGUAAUCAACAACAACAACAAAUUCACUAUCAGCAACAACAAAAGUUUAUGUCUGUCCGUAACGGUCCCAGUACAGCCAAUUUUAGCUAUGCCAACAUGUCAUACAAUAGUGCAGGUGUAACAGCACCAACCCAAGCAGCAACUCCCACUAAUAGUCUAUCAGCGUCCUUCAAUAACGGAAACAACGCCAAUAAUAGCGCAUUUUCAAAUGCCACUAUGGAUAACAAGCCGCAAAAGUUAUUGAAUAAGCAAAUCAAAUUGAUUUCCUCUAUAAUGGAGAGUACUGUAAUCCAAGAGCCAACUGAGACUGUCAGCAAAUCACUGGAAUCGAAUGCGAAUGACAACAAAGUAACAGCUGACGCAACAGACCCGCCUGAGGGUGAUAGAACCAAAUUUGCUAAGUCCAAAUUGCCUAGCAAAGCUAGAAACACUAGACGUGACGCCGGUGCCAAUAAUGAUAUUAUUGAAAUCAUAGACGAUGAAGAUAACGAUACGGAUGUUGAGUUUGUUAGCGAAACGAAAUAUAUGCAAACUGAGAUAGUAAUAACGGCUGAUGUUGUGGCCAACCAAAGACGUGCCGUUGAACGGCCAAAAUUUUUACGUGAAUAUCGCUCAAACUCCACAUGCGACUAAUAUUUCGAGAAACGUGUUGUACAAAGAAAUUGAGUUUGAAUGGUUUUUGAGGUUAGAUGUGCACUAAUUAACUCAAUGCUCCAAUUCAAGAAAAAACAAUAACAAUUUGUACAUCUAUAGCAAAUGAUUUUACAUUUUAAACAACAAUUUAUCAUACUGAAAUUCACCACGAAAAAUUAUUUAUACUUAAACUGCGACAAAACGAGUUGUACCUAACGAAAAUCUCAGAAAUGCACAUUUCAAACGCUAUAUUCAAGUAUACUAUGUAGAAUGUAAUAUCGUUUUGAAAAAUUUGCUACUUUAUCUCACAUACAAUGCACGUUUAUGCUUCAAUAUUAAUUUUGAGCAGCUAUAAUUUUUAAUUGGAAAUCAAAUACUCGCAUCAACUGAUUACUAAUGUUGUGUGUAUGUUGUUGCAAAAGCACACGAAUUGUUGUAAUACUUUAAGCGAUUAUGGUAAUUAAAUUACCCGAAAAACACUUAUUUAUUAUAUUUUAUUUUCUUGGAAAAUUCAUAAUAACGAGUUGACAGCUUAAAUGUAAAUUGUGCAACAAUAAAAAACACGCGAAAAAGUCAAAAUAUGUCAGAAAAUGUGGCAUAUUUUCGUAUGAUUAAUAUUUUUUAUAAUCACCGCUUAAUGACCAAAUAGGAGAUACGAGUAUAUUUUUAUAAAAGAUUUGAGAUAAAAUAAACCUAACUGCACACAUUUGCCAAAUAUUCGUUCCUUAAAAUAUGAUUAUUUAUAUAAAAAGUGUUUAUAUAUUUUGUAUAUAAUACAAAAAAAAAGUAAAUUAAACCAACAAACUUGAAAUUAACUACAUACAUACAUAUUUUAAAUUUGUAUUGAAUAUACGAAUUUUAACGUUUUAAAGCAAAGCUUUUUGGACAUGUGAAAUGCUAUAAUUACCAAUUUUGUUUCUAAAACAAAAUCAAAAAAUUAAAUAAAUGUACUAUACAUUUAACUAAUCUGUGUUUUGGCUGUGAAACAGAUUAUUAUUAAACCAAAAAAAAAAACACAAAACAUGCAAAAUGUUGUGAAUAAAAAAUUAUUAUUUUUUUCCAAAACAAAAACGAAAAACGUGAAAAAUUAGCAAAACUCCUAGUGAACACUAUGUUUCAUGAGAAACCCAAAAAUUUUUGUAGUUUUUUAGUAAAGCAAAUAUGCAAUGAGUAAAAGCAAUCACUAUAAAUACACACAUACAUACACACAAUUAACGCAAAUAAGUAUUGCUGUCGUACAAUGAAAUGUAUUUACAAAAUUUGAAGUUUUUUUUAACAAACAUUUAUAAUUAAAAUGAAGUAAUGUUUUUCUGUGAAAGUAUGAAGUCAUUUUACUGUAAAUACACACAACGAUUUUAACUCAUUGUACGAUUGCACGCGUCUAUACUUGGUGUAGGGUAAAAUUGCAAAUUAGUUUUUAAGUACUUUAUGCAUUCAAGUAAUUACUAUUAAGACGGUUAUGGUAAAGAGCUACGUAAUCUAGUACUGGCAGUUUUUGGAAGUAUUCACAAUAGUACACAUUUUUAUGGCAAAAAUGUUUAGUUAACUGUAUAUAAAUAAUUAUAUACGUAUGUGUAUAAUAUUUAAAAUUGAAAUUUUUGAUGAAUUCAUAUUCAGAACUACUGAUAUCGCAAAGCACCAAGCAUACUUGAUUCCUUAACCUGACCGACCAACCUAACCUAACCCAUUAUUCGGUAUUUUUUCACACAUAUGAGUGUAUUAUUU